AUGGGGCGCCUGGUCCGGCUCCGGCUUCUGGCUUCCCUGGUCGCGCUGGCCGCCCUGGCUCUGCCCGCCCGUGGCACCGUCUUCUUCCGGGAGCAGUUCCUGGACGGAGCAAAAUGGCAGCAGAGAUGGGUGCUCUCUCAGCACGAAUCCAACUACGGGAAGUUUAGGUUGACAGCUGGGAAUUUCUACGGAGAUCGAGAGGCAGACAAAGGUCUGCAGACGACGGAAAAUUCAAAGUUUUACGCCAUCUCCUCACGGUUUAAGCCAUUCAGCAAUAAAGGAAGGCCUUUGGUAGUUCAGUAUACAGUCAAGCACGAACAGAAGAUUGACUGCGGCGGUGGAUAUGUGAAGAUAUUCCCUUCCAACCUCGACCAGAAGAACAUGAGUGGAGAAUCUCUAUACUACAUCAUGUUUGGGCCUGACAUCUGCGGCUCCGAUACAAAAAAAGUCCACGUCAUUUUGAACUACAAGAACAAACUUUAUCCCAUUAAGAAACAAAUUCGCUGCAAAGUGGACGGAUUCACACAUUUAUACGCGCUGGUUUUGCGGCCAGAUCACACGUACGAAGUCAGAGUCGAUCGCGAAGUGGCUGCCUCAGGCAUCUUGGAAGACGACUGGGAUUUCUUGCCGCCAAGGACAAUAAACGACCCAGCCGUGAAGAAGCCGGAGAGCUGGGACAUCCGGGCCGAAAUCGACGACCUGGAGGACACCAAGCCGGAGGAUUGGGACGUUUCAGAAUACAUUGUGGACAACAGCGCUGAGAAACCGAAAGACUGGGACGCCGGGAUCCAGGGCGACUGGCAGCCCCCGCUGCUCAGGAACCCCCUCUACAGAGGGGAGUGGCAGCCCAGGAAGAUCCCGAACCCCAGGUACAAAGGCGUCUGGCCCCACCCGCAAGUGGCGAACCCCGCGUAUGUGCCGGACCCCAGCAUUGGCACCUACGGCGACGUCAGCGUCCUGGGCCUGGACCUCUGGCAGGUGAGAUCCGGAACCAUUUUCGACAACUUCUUGAUCACGGAUGACGAGGGGUACGCCGAGGAAUUUGGAGACGAAACCUGGGGGGAAACCAAGGACCCCGAGCAGAAAAUGAACAUGCAGCAAAUUGAGGAGGAGAAGCAGAGGGAGCGCCAGAGGGCUGAGAAGGAGAAGAAGAAGAAGCCGCCCCGCAAGGACAAGUCCGGGAGCCUGGUGGCCCAGAAGGAGGAGCUCUGA